AUGCUCGCGCAUUUGAGCUUUGACCUUGCUACAAACAUCCUUGCAUGGAGCGCGUUCGCAGGAUUGGUCAUCCAUGCUUUCUUCCGCUUUCGCGAGCCCCACAUCGUGCCUCUUCUGACGGUCUUGUCAAUCGCAGUUCUCAGCUUAUUCAUCUCUUUUCUCCUGGCGCAACGGUCGAUUCUAGAGUCUAUUCUUUUGACUGGUGCCACGUCCGCCUCGUUUGCCGCCAGUUUAUACGCAUCUAUGACCGUUUAUCGGGUCUUCUUCUCGCCUUUGCAGCACUUUCCUGGACCUACUAUGGCGGCUGUCUCUAAGUUUUGGUAUCUCUAUCACUCGACGAAAGGAAACAUGCCUCAGGUCAUGCAGUCCCUGAACGAACAAUAUGGGGAUAUUGUUCGAAUCGGUCCUAAUGAGCUGACAAUCUUCGCCUUGGACGAUAUGGAGUCAAUUCUGAGCUCGAAAGGCAAAAUGAUCAAGGGUCCAUGGUUCGACAGUGUCUUCGCCAAUAAGGGUGGUAUCUCAGUUCAUGCUCUCAAAGCGGUCGGCGCGCACUCUCAGAGGAGGAAAUACUGGGACAAGGCAAUGACAAGCGCAGCCAUGAAGGAGUAUCAAGUCUUCAUCAAGGAUUGCCUCGGUCGCCUUUGUGAUCGUCUACGCAACGAAUACAGCGAACAUGCCGUGCAAGAUCUUCGCCGUACAAUGAACAAUCUUGUUUUCGAUAUCAUGGGCGAGGUCAGCUUUGCCCAGUCCUUCGGCAUGAUUGACGACAGCAAAGAUCAUACAUACUUUUCCUUCAUCGGAAAAGCGAUGUAUGCGCUUGCCUUCGUUGCCGAGAUACCCUGGAUCAUUCCCAUUUUGCACUGGCUACCACUGGGAAAAGAACAAAUUGAGAUCGAGGCUGUCUCCAUGGCUGCGACUUUGAAACGCUUUGAACGUGGUCAAUCCCGACCGGAUCUUUUCUCGCACUUCGUACAGGAGGACGGGCAGCUUCACCAGAGCAUGACGAUGAAGGAUCUAGAUGCAGAACAUCCUGAUUGGGCUCAGCGUCUGCGUGAUGAAGUCGAUUCCUACUAUCGUGGUCACGGUGACUUCGAUCUCGAAGAUAUGCUAGUCCUCCACGCCGUCGUAAACGAGACAUUUCGUCUGCGCCCUCCCAUCCCUGGUCGUUCUCAGCGUAUCGUUCCCGCAGGUGGCGCCACCCUGUGCGGUCAAUAUAUACCUGCCGGCACUCUCGUUGGCAUCCCGCAAGGCCUCAUGAUGCGCGACAAGCGAUACUUCUCACCGUCUCCCGAGUUAUGGAGACCUGAACGGUGGCUCAAGCCCGACGAAGAAGAAGCCUUCCACCGAGCUGCCUUCCUCCCGUUCUCUUACGGACCUUUCAACUGCGCGGGCAAGAAUCUGGGGUUGUUGAUGGUGCGAUACUCUUUGGCCCGACUUAUGCUGGAGUUCGAGACCACAGCCGCUCCUCAGCAUGACCCUGUCGAGUUUGAGAGGUCUAUUAAAGAGUAUUUUACUGUACAGAAGGGUCCGCUUUGGGGGGUGAUGAAGCCGAGGGAGGUUUGA